UCUGGGAACUGGUGGAGAAGCACGUUCCGCUCCCAGAGCAGCCCGAAGUGAAGAGGAUUCUGGGGGAGACGACGGUGGACCUGAGCCUGGAGCUGCGGGCAGAGGUGGGGCGAGUGGGAAGGUGGGCUACGCCCAGGCGCGUCCCACGACUCAGGUGGUGAUGUUACGGUCACUGCUGCGGGAGGCUCGAUCCUCCCAAGCCCCUGGCUCCCACUCCACCUCCGACCCCUUCUCCCUUCUGGCACCACCGCCCCUGCUAAGAGACCUCGUGCGCCAGGAACUGCGGCAGCUGCUCCAAGGUCUCCGCCAGAAAGCCAUCUAUGAGGGCAGGGACCAGACCCAAGCCUGGGCCCAGUAUAGCCCCAGGGUCCUGCGCUUCGCCUUGGAGGAGCCCAGGUGUGAUUUUCCAGAACAGGAGAUAUUCCAGAUGAGAGCUAGUGAACCCAGCAGCAGUCACAGAAACCUCAGUGUCAUCAAGGACCAACUGAACGUGUCCAACAUUGACCAGGUUGCCCAGCACCUGCGGGGCCUCCUGGAGGAAGAGUGUCGCACCUUGGAGAGGGAGAUCCUCAUCCUGCAGCGCUGCUUGGAAGAGGAGUAUAGAGGGGCACCCAAGCCCUCUGAAGCAACCCUAGAGCCCACCCUGGCAGAGCUAAAGGAACAGAAGGCAGCCAUGCAGCAGGAGCUACAGACAACUCUGAGGCCUUCCUGUGUGUCCCCGAGCCACAGGCAGCGGCCCUUGGGGUCCUCCAGCCAGGGCCUCAGACCCUUGCCUUGCCUCUGUGGAGCUGCUGGAGUUCAGGCCAGGCCUCUCCAGCGCUACCUACCUGCUCCUCCUCUGGAACGCAGGCCUCAAGGCCUAGCUGCCAACUGCCGUUGGGGCCGGAAGCUUCAGUGCAGCCCGGGGAAAAGGCCAGCUUCCGCCUCAGUGUCCAGUGCAGUGCCCCACGCCCCGACCUGAUGGCUCAUCAUGAAGCCUCCAGAAAAGCCGGAUGAGUGUAGAACGUGCAGAGGUCUCAUCCCAGCCCCAACUCUUGUCUCUGGAGGACCCAGACAAAGCACAGUAGCAGCUCGGAGACAGGAAUAGA